CUCCGGCGCUGCCUGGCAGCGCAGGCUCGGCUUUGUGCGCGCGGCACCGAACCCGCCAGGCCCGCCCGAGGCCGCAGGCAGGCAGGCAGGCAGGCAGAGGAGCGGGGCUCUCCGCGCGGCUCCCUCCUUUCUGCAGCAGUGCUUUGCUGCCUGCCGCUCCCCCUUUCGGCUCGCGCUGCGCAGAUUGCCACCAUCUCUCGAGCGUCGCGGACCCUUCCCCCCCCUCCAACCUCUUAAAUGCAUGCACGUUUUUGGCUGCUGCGGCUAUUUUUUUUUUUUUUUUUUUGCACGCAGCUCUGCAUGCAUCUAUUGGAACCCGGCUUGCAGCACGCCCCCUUUUUCAUGCAUGGAGAUAUUUUAUUUUUUCCGCCCUUGCAGCUUUUUUUUGCCUUUGCGUUUUCGUGGCAUGCUUUUGGGGGCUGCUUGGGUUUUUUUUGUUUUGUUUUUUUUUUGGUAAUUGACGCAUGCGGUCGGGAACACCUUUGGUUUUCAUAGCGAGUAUGAAAUUGUAGCGCCGUUUAAUUUGGUAGGCUCUCCUGAAAUGCGGGCUCAUUUGUUUCUUCUUGGCAACUGCAGGGUCGGAUGGAAUAUCUGGUGAAAUGGAAAGGCUGGUCUCAGAAGUAAGUAGAGCUCAGGGCAGUCUAAUGUAGAUUGGUAGCAAAAAUUGCAGUAGGACUGGAAAUAAUGCUUUGUGGAGUAGACCGAGCGACUCCCCCCUCCCCCCAAGCUAUCCUCCACUGCUGUGUUAUGGAACAUCAUGAGGGGGGAAUUAUUUUUUCUCUCUCUUUUUUUCCUCCUCCUUCUCUGUUGGACUUUCUUUUACUUUUUGCUAGGUACAGCACCUGGGAACCUGAGGAAAACAUUCUAGAUGCCCGCCUCCUUGCUGCUUUUGAGGAAAGGGAAAGAGAAAUGGAACUUUAUGGUCCUAAGAAACGUGGCCCCAAACCCAAAACCUUCCUUUUAAAGGCCCAGGCCAAAGCCAAAGCCAAAACAUAUGAAUUCCGUAGUGACUCUGCUAGGGGCCUCCGGGUACCUUAUCCUGGACGAUCUCCCCAGGAACUGGGCUCUACUUCCCGGGCUAGAGAAGGACUGAGACAGAUUCCACUGCCCCCUCAAAGCACCUCCACCACCUCUUCCCCCAGCAUGCCUCGAAUGGAGCCAAUCCAGGAAAACAGGGUGGGGAUAGAGGAAGACCGAUCUGAAGCCGCCUUCAAAAAACGAGGUCCAAAGCCCAGGAAAGACCUGCCCGAAAUGACAGAGGUUGCCUCAAAGCGGAAGUCAAUAGAGCCUGGCGACAAGAUGGUGGUGGACUACCUAAAAGCUAGAAAAUUAGAAGAGACAGAUAACUCUGGGACAGCAAAAUUCAGUUCAGGACACAGUGUGAUCCAGUUAGCUCGGAGACGAGAGCCUGAGUUACCCAGUGUUGUUCCCAACCCAAGGGCGGAAACUGGAAUGAAACUGGGUGCACCUGAGACUUACCCUCCUAGACUGACCAAGCACAGGGCGGAUUUCCUGGAUUCCAAAGGGCAAAGUGGUUUGGACUUGGGGGCUUCUAAGAUCUUGCAUAGCUCUGCAAACCAAGGCAGCUUAUAUCGUGAUGGCAUAGGGACGCAGGCUGGCAGGCCUUCUCUCAUCGCCCGCAUCCCUGUCUCCCGGAUCCUGGGUGACCCAGAAGAAGAACCUUGGAGCCCAUCUCUCAACAAUUUGGAGAAAGUAGUAGUGACUGACGUGACAUCCAAUUUCUUGACAGUAACCAUCAAGGAGAGCAGCACAGACCAAGGGUUCUUUAAAGAAAAGCGGUGAAUUCCUUCAGAGAAGUCAUUGAAAGGCUUUGGAUAGAGGUCGGCUGAAUUGGGAUUUUUAAAAAAAACUUUUAUUUUAAAGCUUUUUGGGACAGGCUUGCUUGUCAAACAUCUGUCCUUAAUUCUUUUCUUUAUCUCUCCCUCCCCACCCCAACCUUGCCACCAAUUUCAAUUUUGGUUGAAAAAAAUUAUCUCUAGAGUUAUAUUUUCUAUUAGAUGUAAAUAUGUUAUUUAAAGAAAAAUACAUAUAUCUAUCUAUAUAUAUAUAUCUAUAUACAUACAUAUAAAUAUAUAUAUUUCAGCUCUUAAGUUGUUUGAUUGUUGCUUUUUUUUAAUUUAAGGCCUUUGGAGAAGGAUAUUAAAACAGAGAAGUGAUGCAUCUCUUGCCUCAACUGCAAGAGCUGGUGUGUAGAUAAUGAAUGAUCCUGUUAGUCAAUCAUAAUACUUUGGUUUAACACCCCCCCCAAUUGUUUCUCCUUCCUUCCCACAAAUAUGAUGUUGACUGAAAAUAUGGGGAUAUUAUAUUCAUCUGGGGAUUGAAAAAGCUCCAGGUUUUUUUAAAAUUGUUAUAAGGUGUUGCUUUGUACAAUCAAGUGUGCUGUAUACACAACUGUUCUGGCUGGACAGCUGAAGUAAGCACUUGACUUUACAGUAUUGUCUUGCUUUGUUUUGCUCCAGUUGAAAAAAAGGUUGUUGUUCUAAAAAGUGUCCAUUAAAAACGGUUGAAAUAUGUUUUAGCAAAGAAGUAUUAACUUGAAUACCUUUUCUUGCAAGGGAGAAGGGGAUGUGUAAGAUUUUUUUUAAAGUGUAGCUGCUGUUAUGCACUUUAAUAUGACUGUCAUAGAGGGAAAGUGGGAGUAGUAGAAGAAGAAAUUGAGCUGAUAGUUUAAUUUAAUUUUGAUUUCUCUCUCUCUCUUUCUUGAUCUUUUCCCUGCUCACUCCAAUAAGAAAAUCUGUUUACAUUCCUUACAUGCCAGAAAGUUGGGGAGGAAAGCAUCUGACUGGUCAUAUUCUCAGUGUUCCUGCUGUUAUUUUGAAAGUGGAUUUUCCAGCCUCCCCCAAUGUUCGUAGUUCCUUUGUAGGCUAUUAGAUUAACAUAUGGCACAACAUCACUGUUUUCCUCAUACAUUCUCAAUCUCUGAUUAAGGAUAAAAUACAACUUCCCAUGUAAUGGGGCUAGGAAAGAGUUUCAGAGUUAGCUGUUUUUAUAGCUAAAUUUCUUUCAUUUUUUAAAGAAAGAAGCAUCUGAUUCCCCCCCCCCCAAAUUUUCCAAGCCAAGUGAUUAAAAAAUGCUUGUCAACUUUAAACAAACAUUUAAACCAUUUCUCUACUCCCUUGAAGAUGAACUCUCCUUAGCUUUUCAUGAAAAGGGUUUGGUUGUGCUUUAUUCUGUAAAGCUCCUGAUUAAUAGGGGACACACACGCAGAGGAAAUUGGGGGAAGGGUUGCUUCCUCUGCUUUUAGCAGGUGCUGUGGUGUCCCAAUAGAUAUUGAUUUAAGCAUCUUUUGUUGGUUCAAAAAGCACAAAAUCUGCCUCAUAGCCUCUAAGGGCCUAGCAGGGGGAUGUGUUGACUUCUCUGUUCUUUUUCUGAAUGGCUGACUCACUGGGCCCUUUUAACACACUUUCUAAUUGCGGGGAGUGAAACUCUAUGUGUGGCCUAAUGAGAAGAGACAAGGAGAAAAUCAGGUGAACCCCAAGUUGCAAGAAGCAGAAAUGACCUGGUCAUUUCUGGGCUCAGAUAGAAAUAUUGUUUCAUAGCCCAUUAUCUCCUCCCUGCUUAUUGGAGGUGGGAUUUUUCCACCAAUACCAACAUGGACAUUUUGUUUGGAUUGUGCUGAAGAAGUAAGCUUCAUUUUUCCCCUCCUGUUCACCCUCCCUUUCUU